UGAAAGACAGACCAAAUGCAAAAAACUUUCACCAGAACGGUGGGAAGUGGUUUGGGGUUUUGUAGACUGCUGCUAAAAUGCCCAUAAUAAGUAGUAGAUGUCGCCUGCUUUUUUUGAAAACAUAGCAAAACACCACAGAACACUGUGGAGGGGGGCGUGGCCUACGGGCCUGCCGCGGAACAGGGUGUGUCACGACCGGCCCCCAAGACAGCGACAGCAUGGCCGAGGGCUCUGUGUCUGCCGCCGAGGUGGCGAUGUCCUUCCAGAAGUUUGCCGUCCAUGGUGACACCAAGGCGACGGGGAAGGAGAUGCACGGCAAGAACUUUGCAAAGUUGUGCAAGGACUGCAACAUCAUCGACGGCAAGAACGUCACCACCACAGACGUCGACAUUGUCUUCAGCAAAGUCAAGUCUAAAUCAGCUCGCGUAAUCACAUUAGAGCAGUUCAACUUGGCCCUGACUGAGCUGGCCCCCAAGCGUUUCAAAGGAACCAGCAAGGAGGAGGCGCUGCAGCUAAUUUACGGCCUGAUUGUUGGCAAGGAGCCCGCCAAUGCCGGAAUCACUAGAGCAGCAAAGGUGGCGGCUGUGGACAGACUGACCGACACCACCAAGUACACGGGAACACACAAGGAGAGAUUCGAUGACUCGGGGAAAGGGAAGGGAAAGGUCGGCCGUCAGGACAUCCCCGACAAAAGCGGCUACGUCGCGGCUUACAAGGGCAGCGGCACUUACGAAGAAAAGGUGAAGGAUUCACAAUCCUGAAGAUUUACAGAACGAUAUCAAAAUAACGUGACUUUGGUCUCGCUAUAUUUUAGAGUGACAUAUGCAGCUCUCACAUUAGUGAACAGAGAAAACGCGCUUUGCUUCGUGCCUGAUUAUAGGAAUGUUUAAAAGCAUAUUGCUCCUACUUACCCUGUGAUUUAGUUUUUACAAUGAAGAAAAAAAAGUGCAUAAAAAUCUUGUAUCAAAACUUAAAAAGGUAUCUUGGAAAUUGUACUUGAAUCCGAACAAAUUUUAAAUAUUGAAAUGAUUUGAGGACAAAUAUAUAUAUAUAUAUAUACACACACACACAUACAUACAUAUACGGGCUUCACGGUGGCAGAGGGGUUAGUGCGUCUGCCUCACAAUACGAAGGUCCUGCAGUCCUGGGUUCAAAUCCAGGCUCGGGAUCUUUCUGUGUGGAGUUUGCAUGUUCUCCCCGUGAAUGCGUGGGUUCUCUGGCUUCCUCCCACCUCCAAAGACAUGCACCUGGGGAUAGGUUGAUUGGCAACACUAAAUGGUCCCUAGUGUGUGAAUGUGAGUGUGAAUGUUGUCUGUCUAUCUGUGUUGGCCCUGCGAUGAGGUGGCGACUUGUCCAGGGUGUACCCCGCCUUCCGCCCGAUUGUAGCUGAGAUAGGCACCAGCGCCCCCCGUGACCCCAAAAGGGAAUAAGCGGUAGAAAAUGGAUGGAUGGAUAUAUAUAUACAUAUAUAAACACACAUAUACAUAUAAAUACACAUUUACAUAUAAACACACAUAUAUAUUAACAUAUACAUACAAACCCACACACAUACAUAUAUAUAUAUAUAUAUAUAUAUAUAUAUGUAUAUAUAUAUAUAUAUAUAUAUAUAUAUAUAUAUAUGUGAGUUUAUAUGUAAAUGUGUAUUUAUAUAUAUAUAUAUGUAUAUGUGAGUUUAUAUGUAAAUGUGUAUUUAUAUGUAUGUGUAUAUAUGUAUUUAUAUAGAAACAUACAUAUAUAUACAUAUGUACACACACACACACACACACACACACACACACACACACACACACACACAUACACACAUAUAUAUAUUCCUCGCGCACUAAUUGACUCAAAGAGUGCACAUGUCACGUUAUCGAUGGUAAAAUGCAUAUUUGCCUUAGUGGCUAGGGAGACGGUAGGAAAUGGACUAGAAAGGACAGAUUUAGAAAAUAAUAAUUAAAAAAAACAUUUAUUUAUUUUUUAAUUUUUUUUUUUAACUUGGGACUUCCCGGGGGCCGUAUUUCGAACGCUGGGGGGCGGUAUCCUGCCCGCGGGCCGUAGUUUGUGGAAACCCUGCUUUAAGGUAAUAGUUUAUUUUAUUUUAUUGUGCAUAUUUAAAUUUGAAUUUUGUGGGGAUGCAAAUGGCAAAAAAAUUUGGUGGAAUUUCCCUAAUCAUUAAUGUAAAAAAUAACCCGCAUCAGUUUAAUAUUUAACUCGCCAUUCCCUCAAUAAAAGUCAGCUGGCCGAUUUUGCUUCAGAGAAAUGACCAAGUUAGAACUCAACACCUUUAAGGAAAAAGGUCAAAAUGUGAGCGUGCAUGCAUGCUUCCUCCCUGGAUGGUAAUGAUGAUCUUCAUAAAAGGUCACAGAACAAAGCUUUAACGCAUGAUGCGUAUGUGUUGACGUACAUUGGGUCCUCCCACUAUCAGCCUGAGCUGAUAAACAUCGCCUUAGUUUUGUGUGGGCUCUGGAGUCAGACUACAUAAGAUGGAGUGUAUUUCCUCUGCAUUGUCACACUUAAACCACGAGUAGCUUUGCAGCCACCCUAUAUCUGCACCAGUAUUAUGUCAUAUUUUUAAAUAUGAAUGUAUAGCAUGUAGUACUUUAAUGUGUGCGACCUAAUACUCAUCCCUCUACGGUGAAACACACCACGGUAAAUUCUUGGAUGUUCUAACUGUAUUUCAAUAAAGUGUUGUAUUUUAAUCUAUUUUAAUUUUUAUCUUUAUGUGUUGUGUAGUACCAUAACUACCUGCAUUUCAAUGUUGAUUACUUAUUCACUGUUUUACACAUUUUUGUCCUAUGUUAAAGUCAAUAAAUUCCUUUUUUACUUCUAUCUUUUUAUCGUGGGGCAGACUGGCCCGUACAUGCACAUGCACGUUACUAUUUCUAAUAAAAAGAAGUGUUUUGUCAUGUUUUGUGGAUCAUGUUCUGUUUGGUUUUGGACUCAUUGUGCACUUUUGUUUGUUUUUGUCACCAUGACAACUCAUUAGUUUUCACCUGUCAUGUCACACACCUGAUUCACUUGGACUCAUGCACCUGUUAAUCACCACAGCACUAUUUAAGCCUGCAGUUUAUAAAUACACCCUUGUUAUCCAUGCCGAUGAUCCAUGCUCCCUUUCUCAUUCCAAGUAAGUUUUCGUUAUUCAUGCCAAAGUUUGCAAGUUUUGUUUUAUGUCCAUAGUUUACGUUGUAGUUAUAGUUUUGUUUUCAUAGCCAAGUUUUGUAUUUCCGCUGAGAGCGCCUUUUGUUUAUACCCUUUGUUUUUUGUAAUACCUUUUGAGUGAUGAUUAAAAGAUGUCAGUACUUCCACACCAUGUCCGGUCCAGUCUGUCAUGAUCCGCUAUUUGGAUAAUGGCAUAUUCUGGUUUUGUUCUGUUAUUUUGUCUUCCUUAUUUCCUGGUGGCACUUCCUGUUUUGUUCUGUUGUCAUAGUUAUGUAUUAGUGUCACCUACCUUGUGUUUUUGACGCGCACCUGCCUCCUUAUUUCUGUCCCUAUUUAAGCCUGCCUUUUUUUGUCAUUCGUCCUCGCAGUCUAAUUUGUAUUUGAUGCAACAGGUGACGUUGCUAUCCCCGCUUGUGGUAAAGACUUUGUGUACGUUAGCUUCCACGCUAUUUCUUUGUUUGUUUAUUUCCCUAGCUCACAUGCUAGCAUCUUUAGUUCUUUCCAGCUCACAUGCUAGUUCUGUUGGCUUUGUCUCUAGUGCCUUUGUGCAAGUAUUUCUGUUCUUAGUUUGUUUUGUAGUAUAAAAUAAAUCUUCAUUUCUUACCUUUA